CAUACAGCCCCUUACCUAGGAUCGACACGUGACCUGUUAUCGAUAGCGCAUCAUUAGCGUCAGAGCGAUCGCGACUGCGUACGGACAAGUCGGCGCGAUGGAGCAAUGGGGAAAUGGACUCAACGCGUACCAUUUCCGAACUGAAAUCCUCCUUCAUCCGGGCGCAGGUGCGUAUCCUGUCUGAAAGCCUCGAGGCUCCCGAGGAUUGGAGAAGCUAUGCCACCGCCUCGGAGGAGGAUGACCUGAGCGAUAAGGUGGUCGGAGAUGUCCUACAAAAAUUAAACAGCGCAUUGAAGCAGCAUAAUCGCAUUGUGUACUCCUCCCAAGCGAUCCAACAUGUCGCACAGCAAGUCGCCAGCCUCUACUGGACGUCCGUGAACGACGCGAUACGCGACCAAAACUCAUUCGAGAGAGGUAUUGAGAAGACGGUCGAUUUGUCCAACCACUUAAACCUUACGCAGCUCCCUGUGGAACUCGAGGACCAGUCCGCAAGCGAGGAGGAACGUCUCAGGUAUCAGGAGUUACGAGAACGCUUGGUCACUCUUGAUGACCAGCGACAGCAGCGACGACGGCGUCUGGAACAAUUGCGCCGGUUACAGCGUCUUUUGGAACCAUUUCAGGAACCGCAGCAGAAUAUUCAGCCGAACCUUAUUACUCGGGAUGGCGAACUAGUGCAGGAAUUGGAGAAGAUGAGGAUGCUCGUUGCACGGGUAGGAGGUCGCAUCCAACAUAGCAAGAAGCGCGGUAAUAGCCAGGAGGAUCCGACUUCGUAUCAGCUGGACUCGGACCAAAAGCUGGAAGCCCUCCUUGAUAUGAAUGGGUGAGGGAUGUGAUUGAACAUUGAUAAAACAAAGACGAGAAAGAGGGAAGAGGGAAAAGAGAAAAUAAAAAUAAAAAUAAGAAAUAAGAAAACAAACGAAGGAACAACGACGAACAAUGUCAUAAUAAU